AUGUUUUUAUCGUUUAUAAGUAAGAGAACCAUCAAGUAUACUGUCAAUAAUGUCAGUUUCAAACCUUAUAGUCAAACAGUAAAAGGAACUGUAAGAAGUUUUAGUAACUCAUCAAAUAACUGGUGGUCUCAACUGAAAAAUUCCACUACCUUAAAUGUUGCUAAUGAUUAUUUAAGUAAAGAUUAUAACAUAGCAUUUGCUUAUGAACCUAAAGAUAGAGAAGAAAGUAAUAAAUUCAAAACCAAGAAACCUUCAGCUGCUUUAACCUCACCAACUGGAGAAGAUAAUUUAUUCAUAUCAAAGAAUGUUAAUGGGAAUAUAGCAUUAGGUGUAGCUGAUGGUGUUGGAGGAUGGAGUGAAGCAGGUUAUGAUUCAUCUGCUAUUUCCAGAGAGUUGUGUUUAACUAUAAAAGAAGAAUUUGAGAAUAACAGUGAAAUGUCACCAAAAGAAUUAUUGAUUAAUGCAUUUGAAAAGAUAUUGAAAUCCCCUAAAGUAGAAAUCGGUGGUACUACUUCAUGUUUUGGAGUGUUAACUAAUGAUAAAAAGUUGAAGGUAGUAAAUUUAGGUGAUUCAUGGUGUGGGGUUUUCCGUGAUUUCUCCAUAGUUCAUGAAACUAAAUUCCAAACUCAUAAUUUUAAUACUCCUUAUCAAUUGGCCAAGAUCCCUAUUCAAAUUAUUAAACAAGCCCAAUUAUCAGGUAAAAGAUAUAUAAUUGAUAAACCUGAAAUGGGAGAUGAAUAUCAAUGGGAUUUACAAAAAAAUGAUAUUAUAAUGUUUGCAACUGAUGGAGUUACCGAUAAUGUAGUUCCUGAAGAUAUUGGGAACUUCUUGAAAGACAGUUUAUCCAAGGGGGAACUUUUACCUGAUAUUUCUAAGAAUUUGGUUAGUCAAGUAGUUAAAUUAUCAAAGAACCCAGAAUUCCCAAGUAACUUUGCACAAGAAUUAUCUAAAUUGACCGGUCAAAAAUAUUUAGGUGGUAAAGAAGACGACAUCACCAUAGUUUUGGUUCAAGUUAAUUAA